AAAUUAAUAUUCUCAGUCCUCCGGCCUGGUGAGGGCGCUGUCAACACAUUGGACGCUGAGUGAAGUUCAGAGGUGACGCAGACAAGCUUUGAAGUUCUUUGCCCGCGAAACGAUCUGUAGGAAAAGAAGAAGAACGGGAGCGAAGCGGCUGCAGUACUGAGCAGAACCGAACCGAGGAAGAAGUGGAACAGCUUUUGGGUCGGCCAUGGUGCAGGAGUUUCACGUGCUCAGGUGUUUCAGCUGUCAGAGCUUCCAGGUGCAACAGGUGAAGAAGGUGAAGAAGUGGCUCUGUAAACUGUGUGGACAGAAGCAGUCCCUGCUGAAGGAGUUUGGGCGAGGAUCUGGCGCUGACUGCCGUCGGCACGUUCAGAAGCUAAACGCCAUGAGAGGAGCCAUGAUGGAGGAAGAACACUCCACCUGGGCAUCACGGGCUCAGUUGGAGGAGGAGGAGGAGGAGAAUGAGGAGGUGGCAGAGGAGGUGAUCCUGGGUAGUCGCUGGAGCAAGUACCUGAGCACAGCUGAAGAGGCGGAGCCAGAGUCACCACCGCAGGAGGAGGCGGGCUCUGAGGCUAGAACGCAGCUCUGCAGCAGCAGGAAGAGGAGGAGAACAGACGAGCUUCCACACCUAGGAGACAGAGACUCGCAGCUGAUUGGUCCAACAGUGAGACGUUCUGCUGAUGAAGCUCACUUUCAUCUCAGCCCCUCUACCUUGGACUGCUCUCUCAGUUCUAACUCCAAAAUGCAAGAGGAGGAGCCUCCUGUUUGUGGGAGGAGUCAAACUUCCAACAAGCCCCGCCCAGGAGUAAUUGUUUCCUCCCUGUUUGAAACUGAUGAAGACUUCAGCGUCGACUUCUAGCAGCUUCUAAGAGCCGUCUGUGGAUCAGGUGUGCUGCAGGUGGAGGUGUUGCUGUGGAAACAGGUGAUUUAAAAAUAACUGAAUUUUGAUUAGUGGAGCUGCUAAAGUAGUCACUGUUUCAAAAGGAUUGUUUUGUUUCUCCAAAGUAGCCUGCUGUGCACAUGGUAGUACAGGUGUGUUCAGACUCCGCCCACUCAGAUUCAUUAAUGUUUUUAUUGUUCGGAAACAGAUUAAUAAAAGACAGAAACAGA